CGAAAUGUUUCCUGGACCGAUCCGGUAAUUUUCCCGGACUUCAGCGACUGCCAAAUUGCCCUUCAAACAAUUCGAAAGCUGGUUCUAGACUUGUUCAAUCUUUUACGGGUGCUCUACGAGUCGCAUUGAGUCGAUUACUCGGUCAAAUCGCGCAUCCAUAUCCGUUGCAGUUCGUACAGGACAUCAGGAAUCUACUUCUUCAACUCAACCUCCUCCAAACCCUUCAAGUCAACACCAGUGGCACCAACCGUCCAAAAUGACUAUCCCCCUCCAGACAAUCACCAGCUUCCGAACAACCUUCAACCCCUUCAUGCGCGCCUCUCGCCCCUGCAGACUCUUUCUCUCGUUGAUCCGUAACCCCUCGACGACCUCAACCUCCAGUCCCACCCACAUCGAUGUCAAGGUGACACAGCUCCCGCGCAACUCCACACAGCUGCCUGAGAUGACAAUAGGGUUUAAGGGUGGAAAAGAAGUUAAGCUUGAGGUGGGCAAGCGGCAGCUCAAGAUCGGAGAUGUCAUUGAGGAAGUUGCGCGAGUGGGUCGGGGUAUUGAAAGAGAGCAGACUUUGAAGGACUAGAUGGUUUUACAUGUGCCUUGGACUGUACAAUAUUGGUAUUACGGUUUAUUCAACGUGGCGCUUGGGAAACUGGGGUUUUCUUAUAAGAGAAAAACAUAUGGUUGCAAGCAAGAGCGCUGUCGAAGGUGGUUGUUGAUCUGUUGUAUUAUGAUAUUUUCUUAGCUAUGUCUUGCAUUGUCUGGUUGUAUAUAUUAGCCAUGGAUAUUCCAUUUUCUCUUUUCCUCUUGGAUUUCCCUAC